AUGUCACCACCCCUGAUCGAACCCAAGUACGCCUUUGGCCUCCGUGCCGCGGUGGUGGACAACGCCUGCUAUCUGGACGAGCAGAAUGUGGUCUACCCUGCCGGUGGCAGCAUUGUGGUCUACAAUGCCGAUCAAAAAAGUCAGCGUUUCAUUCACAGUACCGAGGGUCGCGAUGGCUUCUCCGCCAUGGCCGUCAGCCCGAAUCGCCGCUACAUUGCCGUGGCUGAGCGCGGUGAAACGGCCUCUGUUACCAUUUACGAUCUUCACUCGCUCAAGAAACGCAAAUUUUUGAGCUUGGAAGAACCCAACUGCACAGAGGUUGUCUGCCUCGUGUUCAGCCCCGAUAGCAAGUAUCUCGUCACCGUGGGAGGUGGACCCGAUUGGAUGAUGCAGUAUUGGGCGUGGGAGCGUUCCCAUGGCCUAAUGGCCACAGUCAAAUGCUCCCUGGAUCCAGCCGUACCCGUGUACCGAGCCUCCUUCAACCCGCAGGACAACACUCAGCUCUGCGUCACGGGUAAAAACAUCCUAAAAAUGUAUCGCUACACUGAAGGCACCUUCAAACAGCUAGCCUUUCCCAAGGUGGAAGGCCAAAACUAUUUGCAUCAAGUCUGGCUCAGCCGCGAUGCCAUCGUGUGUGGUACCGAAGCCGGCAAACUUCUCGUCUACGCCGGCAAUGAACUCGUGUCUGAGGUGACCCUUCCCGAGCGCAUUACCGCACUGGCCUCUCUCACAACCGGCUUUGUGUGCGGUACUGCCACCGGCCUCAUUGCCGUCUAUGAGCGCCACGAGGCGCAUCAGUACACCAAAGUUCGUGAGCUCACCCUCGGAGAGGAGGAGUCGGCCGCCAUGGUCCAUGGCGUGCACCAUAUUGCCAUCAGCCCUGCGGAGGAACGUCUGGUGGCCACCACAUCACGUGCUCAGCUCUACACCGUCGCUCUGACCGAUGUCGACAGCGAUGUACUUCGUGGUACACCUCAGCCCCAGGCCCACCUCUUGGUGCAGAGCUUUCACUCAGAUACCAUUACUGGCCUUGACGUGGCGGUGCGCAAACCCGUGGUUGCCACGACAAGCAGUGAUUGUUCCAUUCGCAUCUGGAAUUACGAGGACCACAAGCUGGAGUCGUCCAAGGUCUUUCAGGACGAGAUCCUCUCGGUGGCGCUGCACCCUUCGGGCCAUCUCCUGUUGGCUGGCUUUGGUGACAAGCUGCGACUGAUGAACCUGCUGGUCAAUGAUAUUCGACCCAUCCACGCCUUCUCCAUUCGUGAGUGCGGUGAAUGCCGUUUUAGCCGAGGUGGCCACCUCUUUGCCGCCGCUCAAGGCGCCGUCGUGCAACUCUACUCGACCUACACCUUUGAGCACGUGGGCAACCUCAAGGGUCACAAUGGCCGCGUGCGCUCCAUCUUCUGGUCGGCUGACGAUGCUCGCCUCUUGACUUGCGGCAUUGACGGCGCCGUGUACGAAUGGGACGUGGCUACUCGCACACGCAUCAGCGAGAACGUGCUCAAGUCUUGUAGUUACACCUCAGCCGUCUUUGCAUCAGACGGUGACGCUAUCUAUGCAGUUGGCUCGGACAAAACCAUCAAGGAGCUGCGCGGUGGUGAGGUUAGCCUCGAGGCGCCAGCCGGCGACGAUGUAGUCGCUGACGCUGUCCUCACCCAGCUCGCCGUCGCUGGCAACGGCACCAUGGUCUUUGCCGCAACGGGUCACGGUACCGUGCGCUCAUUUCAGUACCCCUUGACCAACCCAGCCGAGUGGGCCUCCGUGCCGGCACACCACGGCAACAUUACGCGCCUCUGCAUUGAUCGCCUGGGGCAGCAACUCUUUUCGGCUGGCCAGGAUGGAACGCUCUUCAUUUACACGAUUACGGACAAGGAGGGCCGCCACAGUCAAGCCAAGCCCGUGGAAUGGGCUGAUGAGGUUCUCAUCACGGGCGUCGACCUCACGGAUAAGGAGCAGCUUGUUCAAGAUCUCCAGCGUCGCGUGGACGAGCUUCAAAUGGCCUCGGAAUACCAGCUGCGCUUGAAGGACAUGAAUCACAACGAGAAACUCAAGGAAAUGACGGACAAGUUUGUUCAGGAGAAGGAAGAACUCAAGCGACAGCUCCAGCAGCUCAAGGCGGAGCGCGAGAAAGACCUGGCUCGUCACGAGGAGGAGACUACAGCUGGCAUUGAUAGUCACAUUUCCGAGAUCCAGGAGCUUGAGCAGCACCACAACAAGCGCUUGAUGGCCGAGUACGAGAAGUAUCAAGAACUGCAAGCCGCCAGCCAGGCCAUGCAAGAGCGCUACGAGGAGCAGCUGCAGCGUAUGGAAGAGGCCAAGGAACAAGCACUUCAUGAUUUGACCGAGAGUUGGGAGAACAAACUCAAGCGUCAAACGCGCCAACUUGAUACGGCAAACAGCACCGCCUCGGAGCAGCAGCGCGAGGCGGAGGAAAUGAUCCGCCAGAUUGAGAUUGAUGCCGAUCAGGAAAUCUUGCGAAUGAAGCUGCGUUACGAGAAGCAGCUCAAGGAGGAGAAGGAGACCUCUGGCCGCCUGAAGGUGCGUCGAGUAUGGUUGUACUGCGGAUGUACUCUUUUCAUCAAGCAGCGGCCCAGGACCGUUGUGCUCGGCAGUGAUGAAAAGCGCCGUUGCGUUUAUUGUCGUGCUGUUGUUUUCUUUUUUUCUUUUUUCAAAGUGUCGUUCUGUCCGUGUGCUUUGGUCGCAUCAUGGCAACUGCCACUGUUGUUGCGGUGGUUGCUGCUACUUUCUCACCGACCUUGGCAAUGUUGCGUUGCCGCUCUCUAG